AGACAAAGUAAAAUCCCCAUUAACCAAGUUGGGGAGAAGUCACAUCUGUUACACAGCCUCUCCCAGACCGCACAUUUACAACACCGGCCUGCCUCCAGUCCUUGGCUGCCUCACCUUGCUCCUCAGAGCGGGUUUCCCAAGACCCGCGCGCAGCCGGUCAGGCGCAAACUCAAGCCGCUGCUGGUUGCCAGGAGAUAAUGGUCCAACCAUCUCCUCCAAUCAGCGCGCAUCUCUUUUUGUCCAAUCACAGAGGCAGAAAGGGCCGUGGUGGGAGGUGAAAGGUCACACUCCUGUUUGGCGGCCAUUUUUCUUGAAACUCAGCGGCUCGGGACCUGGGGUACCUGCUGUAGUCACGAGGGACAAGCGGCAGCCUGGUCGGCAGUGAGUAGCCUGCAAUAUUCGGCCGUGGUUACGAUGAGUUUACCCCUCAAUCCCAAACCUUUCCUCAAUGGACUAACAGGAAAGCCAGUGAUGGUGAAACUUAAGUGGGGAAUGGAGUACAAGGGCUAUCUGGUAUCUGUAGAUGGCUACAUGAACAUGCAGCUUGCAAAUACAGAAGAAUACAUAGAUGGAGCUUUGUCUGGACAUCUGGGUGAAGUUUUAAUAAGGUGUAAUAAUGUCCUUUAUAUCAGAGGUGUGGAAGAAGAGGAAGAAGAUGGGGAAAUGAGAGAAUAGCAUCUUUUGUUGGGGAUUUUUUUUUAUAUAUAUAUUUCUAGACAAUAAAGAUUUGUUUGUUUUUCAACUUGA